UUUCUCAGUACACACACUGGAUUGAAGUGGUGCUCAAAACUAAUAAAUGAUACAACAUUCACUGCUACAACAAUGCAACCAAGGAUUUUGCUUCAUCUUAUAUUAAUGGUAAUUUUCCUUGAUGCAGCCACAAGAUGCCGGGGCUACAACAGAGAACAGUUUCCAGAGAAUGGUUUAUUUGCUGCGGCGAGCCAAGCGGUGUGGGACAAUGGUGCGGCAUGUGGUCGGAAGUACCAAAUCCAGUGCUUGAGCGGCCUCAGGCACCCAUGCAAAGACGGCACUAUAGAAGUAGAGAUUGUCGAUUUGUGUCGAAACAAUCCAUGCCCAGCUAUGCUGGUCUUAUCUAACAUAGCCUUUGAGGCCAUUUCGAGGACCCCCAACACCAAAGUCGGCAUCAAUUUUGCUCAGAUCUGAUGUAUUGCGAGCUCCUUGAUGUGUGGCCAACAACAGUUCUAUCACAUGCCAUCACCUAACCCAUUUUAAUGUAUCUUUUAAUAAGGAAGUGCUGUAUACCGGCUUUCUCUACCUUCUUUUCUACCUGAAAUCACAUAUUCAUAAAGAAAGAUAUUUGUUUUGAGUAGAAGUUAUCGCAUGGUAGACAGCUUGCUAAUAUAUAUCUUUUUUUCUGAGAAACAAAACUAAGAGGGAUUUAGAGGAUAUAAUUCCUAUACAUAAUCCACCAAAGUUCAAAGCCUCACUUGUCUCCCAAGUGGAUUCAGUAUCGGUGUGAUCAGUGUACCAAGUCCAAACAUCCCGGCCAAAUCACAUGGAAACAGAGUGAGGGCUUGUGGAUUCCAAUAUCUGUGGAAGUAGGGCUGUCAAAGGGCCAUGGCAGGCCUAGCAAAAUCAAAAUUUGAAUAGGCCAGACUAAUUAGUUCAAAAUCUGAGCCGAAACUGACCCCAGGCCUGGUCCAUUGAAAUCCGUUUGUGGAGGCGAUUGUGUCAGAUGCUUCAUCAGUGUACUUGUAUUGAUUGGUGAAACAACAGAUUUCCACAACACAAACCCAAU